AUGGAUGGUCAUGACAGUGUUAUGGACUUUGAGACAGAAGAACAUAUUGGUUCUACACCUCCAGUUUCUAAUAAUGCUGGUUUGUUGCCUCAAAAGCGUAAAAAUCGGUCAGAAUCAUGGAAUCAUUUUACACCGAUGCCGUCGAACACAAAAAUGUCAAAGUCAGCAAAAUGCAAGCAUUGUGGCUCCUUAGUCAAGUAUAAUGGUGGAACAAGUGCUAUGCUAGCUCAUUUGAGAAGAUGUAGUGAUAAUCCAGAUAAUGCGGUGAAUGUGACGAUGCAUGAACCAUCUUCAAGUUCAAUGGAAAAUAGGGAAGCAAUUGUUAAUUCAUCUCCUUCGGCUCCCAAAUUUGACCAAGAAGUUAGCCGAAUGGACUUGACAAAAAUGUUUGUAGCCAUGGAACUUCCGUUUCAAAAGGUAGAGCAUCCAUAUUUACAUAGACACAUGGACAUCUACCCAAGACUCUAA